CAGCUGGACCUGAUCGAGCAGCAGCAGCAGCAGCUGCAGGCCAAGGAGAAGGAGAUCGAGGAGCUCAAGGCCGAGAGGGACACGCCAUCUUCCCAGCUUCUAGAGGUGAAGUUCAUACUGGUCAUUUUCCUUGACACCUGCGUUGAGAGAACCAUGGGGGUACAGCCUGAGCCGAAUGACAAUACUGUAAUGAAGUCUCUUUGGAACUUCUUCCUCUCUGUGAUGUCUUGUUAUCUGUACAGUUUGGAGAAAGACUGUAAUUGUAGCUAAGAGGUGGUGGACAGCAAGGCACAAAUACCAGAACAGCUCCUAGCUCGGAUUGAGCGCAUGGAAAGGAGGAUGCAGCUAGUGAAGAAGGAUAAUGAGAGAGAGAAACACAGGAUUUUUCAAGGGUAUGACACCGAAGAGAAGACUGAAUCAGAAGCAUCCGAGAAACUACAGAUUGAAUGUCAGCAGGAUCUCUUGGACACGUCCCAGUCCCUGCCUCCUAAACACUUCUCGUAUGGAAGAAAUGGAAAAGGACAUAAAAGGAAGUCGGCAUUUGGAAGUGCAGAGAGGAAGACACCAGUUAAAAAGCUGGUGGCUGAAUUUUCAAAAGUCAAGAGUAAAACUCUGAAACACUCUCCAGUGAAAGAGGAGUCGAGUAGCUCUUUAUCCGAAACUGUUUGCAAACGUGAACUGAGGAGUCAAGAGACUCCAGAAAAAGCCAGAUCGCUAGUGGACACUCCCUUAAAACCAUCCACCCCAUUGAAAAGUCCCAAUGCCCACUCCAGGGAUAAAAGUUUCCCCAGCGAGACAGAAGAUCUGCCGUACCUUUCAACCACCGAAAUGUACUUGUGUCGUUGGCAUCAACCUCCCCCAUCACCGUUGCCGUUACGAGAGCCCUCGCCAAAGAAGGAGGAGACUGUAGCAAUUCCUUCGUGGAGGGACCAUGCUGUGGAGCCCCUGAGAGACUCAAAUCCUUCAGAUCUCUUGGAGAAUCUAGACGACAGUGUAUUUGCCAAAAGGCACGCGAAGCUGGAGCUGGAUGAGAAGAGAAGGAAAAGGUGGGAUAUUCAGAGGAUCAGGGAACAAAGAAUUCUACAGCGACUGCAGCUCAGAAUGUAUAAAAAGAAAGGAAUCCAGGAAUCUGAGCCUGAAGUUACCUCAUUUUUCCCUGAGCCAGAUGAUGUUGAAAGCUUGCUGAUUACCCCCUACUUGCCUGUUGUAGCAUUUGGCCGACCAUUACCAAAACUAACUCCACAGCCUUUUUCUCUGUCUGACAGGAACUUUGAGCUGCCAUGGCUGGACGAACGAAGCCGCUGUCGACUGGAGGUGCAGAAGAAGCAGACGCCUCACCGAACGUGCAGAAAGUAGCUGCGCGGGUAGCGUUGCGAUGGGCAUAGCGUGCCAUUGGCAACGGGUGGCGAGGAACUGUUUGUUGUUCGGUCCCGUGAAUCUUUAUCCUCAUGGAUAUUCUUAUUCACUGAUGGUUUUCUCCAGGCCUCUGUAUUUUUCCUGUUUUUCACAAAAACUCUUUACCUGGCUGAUUAACUGUGGUUUAUUUAUUUCUCCCCCCUCCCGCUUUCCUGAUCAGCAAGUUCUUGGGCUUUGUGCUGGCACAGCAGGGCUGGAAGCUCAGACCCCUUUUGCUCUCUGCCUAAGCUUCAUCAGCUGCUGUGGCCACUACACUUCAUAAGAGGCCUUGUGAAGGUUGGGAAGCCUAAAAACAGGCCUGCCUUGCGACCUGUCCCAUCUGCAAGUCCCCGGGGGUGGUGCCUGUGUGUGUUGGCUCAGUGUGUGGUGCCCGUCAUCUUUGUGAAGCUGAUGUUUGUUUUCUUGGAAAGACAUUCAGCAGCGAGAGUUGGUGGAUGGAACCUGCAGGCAGAGUUAGGCCAAGCUUGUCACUCUGUCACUUGGAAACUCUGUGGUGAAAAGAACCCAGCUAAGAGGAGAGUAGAUUUGGCUGCGACUUCCUCUUGCCUGACAGGUCAGGCUUCUAGUAUGGUGCCUGUGUUAUGCUAGGUAGGGUUGCUUUUUUGUUUUUAAAUAAUGGGUGAAACUAACUUCAUGAAUACCCUGAGAAAGGCUGGCAGAUGGUUCUGAACGUGCUGUGUCUCACUGAGUGCGGCUGGAUUGAGCACCGCAUCUCAUUGUCGCCACAAGACGCAUCUGGCUAGUUACCUGUGUCAGAAAUUGGUUAGCUGCGCAUGUUCUGUAGUGAGACUGCCCUCGAAUGCCAGUGUGGAAAUGCUUCUGCAGAUGAGACUGUUUGCCAGCAGCUAUGCCAUGUUCUAGAUGGAUGGGGGUGAAGGGUUUUUUAAACAUUUUUUGUUUGUGAAAACAGAAUUCGAGACGCACAAUUGUGGUUCCUUUUUAUUUAAAUGUUUAAGGACAGCACUGGCUGGCAAACCAUUUGUAUCUUGUAAAACGCUUGGAUUGGCUAGAGAAACUUAGAACAGGACCUAUGCUCUAGCUCUAGUAAUUUGCUUCCUUUAUGAAAUGAGCCUUCGUUGCUGUACUACACUAAUGGGUGAUGCCAAACGCUCUGCUGUAGGUAUAACUAGUACUGAAGUCUUGAGCCGAGGUGUCAAAUUCGGACAACACAUUCUCAAUCGCCUUUCAGGCUUCACCAUGGACUGGAGUGAAAGCAGGAAUGUUUGGUCUCUAAAGACAGAACGCCUGUUCCUCCUGUUCACAAUGCUUGCCUGUCUGAUUGCUCCGCAGUCAUUGUCCCACCUGGUAGCUCCUCCUCCCAACCGCACCCCUAACUUCAUUUCCGAAGAUGUUAGUGGGCCAGGGAAGAAAUGAUCCCCUCUGCUUGGUCCUUUUGCGUUUGUAGUCUCGUUUGAGGCCAGCGAUCUUCUCUCCUUGCUUUGGUUCAUACAGCUAUAAAUAGCAAUGCACAAAUACAAAACCUGGUGGGUUUUUCUUUUUUUUCCCCCAGAGCUGGGGUUCUUAUGCAAUUUGGAAGAGAGGCUGAUUCUCAUGACACAGCAGUGGGUUGUGCUAGGGUUCCUACAGUAAUGGUGUUUGAACCCCACAAAAAAGGGGAAAAUCUCUAGAAGAUGGGCCCUGAUACCACACAAACUGUAUAAUUAGGGCUGGGCACUGCAUUUUUUUUUUUUUUAAAUAAGGCUGUUCUUGGGUGUCCUGCUUUUGCAUGAUAGCGUGUGUCCUUAAUGGAUUUCUGUGCAAUUAGGAGCCAAAAUGUUAAAUGGGCAAAUAUUAGCUUGAGCCUUGUUUCUUUCCUUGAUGUUGUCUCUUCCAGGUCUGCAUCGAGUGGGUUUUGCAUUCUGGUUAUACCCUGCAUUAGUGGCUUUUCAGGGGUCAGAACUCUCCUGAGUCCCAGUGACAGCCAGCUCUGAGAGGUAUCUGCUGGUAGCUGCCUGGCCUCCCACUGGCCUCGCUCCCAGUGCAAAGCUGGUUUUUAAACUCUUCUUCCUGCUGCCAUCCAGAAAGGCAGCCAGGUUUUAUAAAUGAUCCUCUUUAAUACACAGCGAUCCAGCAGUCAUCAGCUACAGAUGGGAGUGGGAGGGGGGGUGGGCCGGCUGGGAGUAGGGAAGUACAAAGUUAAAUUUUCAGUAAGUUAGUGUGGAAAAAUAGUCUUAUUUCUCCCAAUAUGGGGUACAACACUGUGAAAUUCAAUCUGCAACGGAAGGCCCUGCAAGUCCCUAUUAGAACCGUUCUUUGGUUUAAAACCUUGCUUUCUUUAACCAAGUUUAAGCUAGUGUAAAAAUAAAAUCUUAAAAAAAAAUAAAAAUGAAAGCUUGUCUGUAUUCUUCAGCCUCGUUUUAUGGCCAUUUGACACAUAGUUGUCUGUAAUGCAUACUUUUGAUACCAUUUCUAAUGUGUAAAAUCGGUCGUCUUGUAAAUAUCUUAUAAAAAAAAAAAAAGUUCCGUUGUAAAUAAAAA